GUGGAGGUAUAUGUUGUGAAUUUUAAAAUUUCGUUUAUAAUCAUAACCUUUUGUUUCAUUGUCCUUAUCAUUAAUUCAAUAUUACUUCUAACUGGAUUCACGAAGUAUAUAAUAGUGUAAAAGUAUAGGACAUAGGAGGAGGAUAGUAAGUUUUUAGUUUUAGGGAAUGACAUUUUCGGAAUGAAUAUUUUAUUUUUAAGUUAUUCAAUGUGUAUAAAGUAUAAUAGUAUAAUUAUAAUUCUAGGUCAACGCUACACCAGUACCGAUUUGUAGAUGACUUCUGUAGCAGUAGAAUGUUAUAAGUUAUAUUAUAUUAUAUCAUAUUAAUAAUAUUAUAUAAUAUUAUAUAAUAUUAUUAUAUGUAAAUUGUAGUUUUAGUUUUAGUGAGUAAAGAAAGUAUGUGUCUUUUUUGCUUCCAAAUAAAUAAUUAAAAUAAUCCAUCCCUUCACUUCUUCAGUGUCAAUCAAUGCUAAAUAUAAUAAUUAUAAACAUUCCAAAUCAACAUAAGGGAACAUAAUUGUCAUAAUUCUCUUAUUUAGUUAUUUUAACCAUUUAAGGUCUAGGAGUGUGUGGGAGAAGCUCCUAAUACUAAUUCUAUUGUUUCAUCCAUUUAAGUAAUUUAACUUUGAAUUUGAAAAAAGUACCUAGUUAGUACUUGAAACUUGAGGCUUGAGGAGAUUGAAAAAAGUAUCUAAUUAGGCCUAAUUAGCAGUAGAUGAACUAGAGAUGAUGCUAGCUGAUGUGAAUGAUUCCAAAUUGCCCUGCCUCUGGUGAGUCUAUGGGUGUGCCGUGGCCACAGGGAGCAGAAGAUAGUCAAUAAUUACAAACUAUGACGAAUGCCCACUGUCACACUUCUAUGCUAUAUCAUCAUCAUCAUGUCCCUUAGUCCUUGGAACUUUGGGGCGCCACUGAUGACAUGAAAACUAUCCUUCUCCAUUCCUCUCUUUUUUCUGCACUUCGCACAGCAUCGCCUAGUUUUAGUCCCGUCCACUCUUUGAUGUUAUCUUCCCAUCUUUUUCUCUAUCUUCCUCUUCUUCUAACUCCUCUCGUUGUGCCCUGCAUGAUUUCUUUGGCGAGCCCUUGUUUUCUUGUUACAUGGCCAUACCGUUCCAGUUUGCGCUUUUUUUACAGUCACCAGGAGGUCAUCAUGCUGCCCAAUUGCUUGACGGAUCCUUUCUUUCACUUGUCUAUUAGAGGAGAUGAGAUGUUUCAGAAGCAUUCUUGGAAUCUGCUAUAGAGACCAUAUCUCUAAUGAACAAGUGAAAAAAAGGAUUCAUCAAGCAAUUGGGCAGUAUAUCUCUAUGCUAUAUGGCCACUGACAAAUAUAAAUAUUAUAUACUCAGUGACUUUGACUUUACUUUAAAUUCUACCUACAUAUAGUUUUCAGAUUUCUAAGGAUAGAACUAAUAAAUGAAUUAAAAAAAUAACUGUUUUCUUUUCUUUACUUUUAGGUACAUAGGUCCAUCAGAAAUUAGCCAUGUCUAACUUUACGCCAAACAAAAACCCUGAAAUCAAGUAUACCCAGGUUUGCUAUCUUUGCUGCCUACUUUAAUGAUAAAUGUGAAUAUGUAUAGGUGUAGCUUGUAUUUGGGAUUUCUAAGGGCGUCAUUUCAGAUUUUAUUUUUGUUGGGGGGUGGGGAGGGGGGCGCAAAACCAAAACUUGGUGGUCUUGUUAAGUUAUUAAUUACUGGAGGCGCCACAGUAUAUAGCAAUCAUUCAAAAUUUUGUGGGUUCUUGAUUUACCAAUUAUGUAAAAUUUGUCUAGUUAAAUUUUAAAUUGGACGCAGUAAAAGUUAGAGGACAUUCCAAAUGGUUAAACAGAGUCCAUUUAUCAGUUUCUUCAUUUAAUUAGCAAAUAAUGAAUGUUUGGUGCCUUUUGUAAGACUCUUUGAUUUACUCCUCCCCCAAACCCCACCUGCCUGCUGAACAUAAUUUCCAAAUUUUCUUAUUUUUUUGGGAACUGUCUGUAGGGUCAGGUUUUCAUUCCACAGAUCCUUUUCAUUGCUCUGCAACAGGUUUUAAAAGAUAUUCUGCAGUUUUUGUUUUCCCUGAAAUGUCCAUUUAGUACUGAAAGUUGAUAUUAAAAAAAAAUUAAAAUGAUGUUACCGAAGCUAAUAUGAAAAUCCAGAUGCUGACAUUUUUGUCCAUUGAUAGAUCUAUAGUAAUUCAUAGCUAAUUAAAUUUUGUAAAUAUCUUUUUUAAGUGAAAUUGUAUUAAUUUUUUAGCAGAUUAUUAAAUCUGAGCUAGAUCAAUGGUGGGUUAACAAAGGUUUUUGGAAGUCUAUUUGUGCAGCCCACUCAUGAGUUUAAAACUUUGUAAUUUUAUUAAAAAAGAAAGAUACCACUGGUAAUUAAAUAUGUACCAUUGUGUACAAAUUUGCUAAUUUUGUGAAAAGGGCAAUGAUUUUGUGUGUUAACAGCGGAAUUUGACUUUGUUCUGACCCUAUGUAGAUUGUAGACAUUGUCUGUGAGUUCAUUUGCUUUAAGGUUGCUGUCACUGCCUAUCUUUGCUUUUCAAAAAUUUUGUACAUGGCCAGGCACGACAUAACUAUAAAAAAGACUUUGUAAAUUUAAAAACCUUACAGAUAUCUAUGUUUACUCACGUCUUAGCAAGAACUAAUAAUUUAGUAAUAUAUUCAUUUGACUUAUACUGUUUUAGAAUCGUGCUUACAAAUGUAAUUAUAUUCAAGUUAUCAAAUAAUUUGCAUUCCAUUAAAAAAAUUAUAAAUUACUUAUUAUAUAAUAAGUUAUUAAUGAGUCUUUAUAUGAAACCAAGUUAUUAAAUUCAAAUAUGUUUAACAGAAGUUGAAUUGCCCUAUAAAGGAGAUAGAAGUGUAUCAAGAAAGUUGUAUUAAUUUAUAACAUUUCUUUUUUCCUAUAUAUUAUUAAAUUCAAUGUGUUAAUAAUUAGAUAAUGAUUUGUCUAAUUAUUUAGAUGACAUGCACAGUAAAAAUUCUAUAGAGUUAGUUUUUUUUUUCAAAAAUGUAUAAUAACAUUAAGCCUAGCACACAUAUGAAAGUCAACUUCUAACUGUGGUAAAGGUAUCAUGUAACCUUUAUUGUGAAAGUCCUAUUACGAACAAUUAUGUUUCAAUAUAAAUUAAUCUACAAAAAUUAAUCUACAAAAAUUAAUCUAAAGGCCUAGACGCAGGUGCCUUAGCUAGGGGGGUGCAGACUGCACCGGAUGUCACCAUCUCAGGAGAUGGCACCCAAUUUAAAAAUUGCAUAUUUACAGAGCACACUGCUCUGUCCAACUGAUUUUCAUAAAUGGAUAACCAAUCACACAGAAAUUUUCCACGCAUGUAACCAAUCCUAAUGCAUGCUUUAUUAAUAAGUUAUAUGUUGAUGUAUCAGAAAUGAAGUGACCCUAUAAUUUGGUCAGAAAAAUGCUUUAAAAGCAAAUAAAUGGCAUAAAAUAUUUCACAAUUCACUAAUAAAAUUGGCAGCAUAAUGCCCUAGAAGCAUGAGGUGCCCUAGAUGCAUACGGUUCCCUAGAGGCGUGAUGCCCCCUAGAAGUGUGAUGUCCUCUAGAAGUGUGAUGUCCUCUAGAGGCGUCAGGCCACUUAGAGCAAUGAGGCCACUUUGAGGCAUGAGACCCUGGGCAAGUGUGCAGUGUGCCUAUGCCUUAAGAUAGCACUGCUUUUCUCCACUAAAUUCAAUAUUGAGCAUUGGUGUAGCUAAUGUUAUUACCGUCCGGACUAACAUCUUGGUCCAGAGGUCAGCAGACUCAUUAGUCAAAAGAGCCAAAAAUCAGCAGCAAGACGAUUAAAUUUUCCUGAGAGCUGAAUUUCUUUCAAGAACCUGUCAAGAACCAUGUUUUUUGGAGUCAAAACCGAUUUUUGGCCAAACAGAAGAUAGGAACUAUCCUAGCUCAGCCGCAGCUCUGCCAUAGUGACAGACUGCAUCUGGAAACAUAGGAAUUAUCGUAUUUAGUUAUACAUGCACUGCAAUUAAAUCUGCUGUUCCAACUUUUAAAUUCACUUUUUGUGACUCAUCAAAUUGAUCAGACGCCAACCCACAUCAGUCAAUUAUUUAAAUAUUUAAACUCUGCAGAGUCAUGAACAGCUGCAAAGAAUAAAAAGUUACAUUUAAAUAAAUAUAUUAAAUAUCUUGUAGGGUUAAAGUAGGGAGGUGAAAAAUAUAAUGUCAUAAAACUUUGUUUUGCUUUAUCAAUAAAUAAAUGUACAGUACAAUCAGAAAAUGAUCUUUGUAUUGUAGGAUGAUUAUUUUAGAUUAAAAUAUGAAAGUUGAGGUCUUCACCUAUUAAAAGUAUACCUUCUAGAAAAUUCAGCCAUCAUUACCAAGCACUAUUCUUUGGUCUAUUUACAAGGUUUGGCUACGGUACUUGUGAAAAAAUAACUAAUCUAGACUGAUAACCUUGAAUGACCUUCUAAAAAAUGUUUACUCAGUUGGAGAAGAUGUUAAAUUAGUGAUCUAUUAUAUAAAAUAAGUAGAUUUCAACAAUAAUUUUCAUAACUAUUUUAAAUUAGAAAUUUGAUUCAUAUUUCUUUAUUAAAUUAAACAAUAGUCUUUAAGUUGAAGUGCUUGUUUGGUCCAUAAAAUAAUUAUAGACAUGAACGUCUGACUGAAUAAGAAUUCGUUAUAAUUAUUGCUCCUGCUCUUAAACUUAAAAAUGUCCAGAAAAGAUAUAUGAUUACAUGAUUUAAAAGCAUGUCAAGGUUGACUUAGUAUUUUUAACUUACCCUUCAACCAAGUAAGAAUUAAACAGUAUAAAAUUGAGUGUGUUGAUUUAUUAGUUUUUAAUCUUCAAAUUAAUUUCAUGCCUUCCCUUCCAAAGUGAAGGACACCUGUAUACAACUGUCAUUAAUUUUAAUUCUUUAAAAGCAUCAAAAUUAAUUUCCCCCUUUAAGUUUAAAUUAGCUUUGUACAGUAUAAAAAUAGUUAAUGUGUCAUUGGUAGAAUUUAAUUUUUUAAAUUAAUGUAGUUGGAUGUUUAGAUCACUUUCUUAAAGAUUCACUUUAGAAUAAAAUCUUAGGCUUUCAGGGCAGUAAUUACUAAUCCCAGCUAUGCUUUUUUAAUUUAAAAAAUGUGUGUGGAAAUGUUGCUUUUCCACUAUCAUUAUGAUCAAAUGUAAUAAAUGAAUAUUGAAAGAUGGUGUUAGAAAGAUGCCGUAAUUUAUAUAUGACAUGUGAAACCUUAUAAAGUGGUGUUUCAUUAAGUUGGGUCAGUGUGAACCAGUAAACCAAUGUAAACUGUAUAAACUGUUAUUGUCCUUGUUGCUAAACUACAAUUUCUUUAGCAGUGAUUAUUUGUUUCAGUCGUUUUGGAUAAUUUACAAAGAUUUAAAACUUAUCUCCAAGCAGUCUUCUUUGUAUUUAAUUUGUUCCAUGGGUUUUACUUAUUUUACACCAUUGUAAUCCAAUCUAAAACUAAAAAUUUUCAAACUUUAUUUUCAGUUGUUCAUUAACAAUGAAUUUGUGAAUUCAGUUAGUGGAAAGACUUUUCCUACACUUAACCCAGCAACAGGUCAAAAGAUUGCUGACAUUCAGGAAGCUGAUAAGGUAACAAGCCUUUUUCCUGUAGGUUAUGUAACAUUAUCUAAAAUGUCUAAAAUCUUACCUCAUUCAAAUGAAUCUUUUAAUACAAAAAUUAAAAAUGGCGUACAUGCUAACCUUGAGUUUGAAACCCUGUAUAAAGCCAGAAAACCUGUUCACAAAAAAUGAUAAGUUGAAAAGGUUUUAGUUAAUUUUUAUUUGUUUUUUAAUCAGUUAUCUUUUCUGAUGGUCUAACUAAUUGUUUAUCAAUAUUAAAUUGAAAAAUUAAAAUCACUAUGAAUGCUUUUCAAAAUUUAACUAAAAAUUAAAAUCACAAUUAAUUCUUAACUUUGAUUUUGACACUGUUAAAGCUUUAAAACUAUUGUUCACUGUCUUUUAAAAUGGUUAAUUCUCUUGAAAAAAAUUGUGCAGAUUGUGUGUCAGCACUUUUAAAUAUUUUUGGAAACCAUUUUGAAACAUCUCCGCCAGAUGUCUUCUUUUUAAAGAAAGCUCAGUAAGAUCAGUACUAAAAAAUGUAAACAUUUGAACAUAACAGAGAAAAGUAAAAAUUAGUUUAAAAAGUGUAUAUGUUUUAAAAAUCAUAUUUAAAAUAUGAUUUGCUCUAUAAUUCUUUAUUUUAUAUGUCAUUUUUAGUUUGGUAUGUCUUUCUGCAGGAAGAUAUAGAUAAGGCAGUUAAAGCAGCUAAAGAUGCCUUUGCUUUGGGUUCCCCUUACAGGACAAUGGAUGCUAGCGCAAGAGGUCGAUUGUUGUACAAGGUUGCUGAUCUCAUUGAGAGAGAUAUCAACUAUAUUGCUGUAAGUAUUUUGAAAUCAUAUAUCUUAUAACAUAAAAAAAAUGUAAAAUUAUUUUCUUGCAUUACUAUUCUUUUAAUUAUUUUAUUCUAUAUUUUAAAGAGUCUUGAAACAUUAGACAAUGGCAAAGCCUUUGCAUUGCAUGGAUCCAUUGGUGAUGCAUAUUUCUCAGCUUUGGUGUUCAGGUACUAUGCAGGAUGGGCUGAUAAGAUAUGUGGGAAGACCAUUCCUAUAGGUGAGUGUAAUUAUUGUUCAAAUUUAGUAAUUGUCAGACUCUGACACUACGGAGUUGGAAAUAAUUUUUAAUGAGUUUCCCUUUGAAAUAAAGUUACUUAAAAAGACUUGUUUUUAUUCAUCAAAUUUAUUGAUCUUUAUAAAAUAAUGAGCUUAAACAUAAAUUUAAAUCUCAGGAACUGAUCACACAUUUUUAAAAUGACUUGAAAACUCCUACAUAACUAAAUCUAACAAAAUUGUGGAUUAAAGAGUGGAUUAAAAAGUGGAUUAAAAUUAAAACAAAGCUUAUUGAGCUGAUGUUACAGAAAUUAUGAUUUCUGUAUUUUUAAUAAUAAAAAGAAACAUUUUUCAUUUGAAGUUUUAUUCAUUUACUAGAUGGAAGCUACUUUGCAUACACUCGCCAUGAGCCAGUUGGUAUUUGCGGACAAAUCACACCAGUACGUUUAAAUACCUUUUCUUUUAUUUUAAAAGUAAUGUUUUGUCUUAGAAACCAAUAUUCUUUUAAAUUUAUUUAUAAUUAAAUAUUGUUUUUAAGUUGUAGAUAAACUAUUUUUGAGAAUUUUAGUCUCUAUUGUAUCUCUUUAUUUCACAUCAUUAGUGGAACUAUCCUCUUGUUAUGGCUGCUUGGAAGAUUGCACCGGCAGUGGCAGCAGGGAAUGUUGUUGUUCUUAAACCAGCAGAACAGACUCCCCUGACAGCUCUGUAUCUUGCUGCCUUAGUUAAAGAGGUGAGAAAUUUUUAUUGCUUUUUCAUGUAGAAAAAUAGUCAAUGCCAAAAGUUGAUUUUUAUUAAAUUGUAAAGGCGCUUUUAAUGCAGAUAUAUUGGCUUUUGAAACUGAACAGAUUGGUGACAAAUUGUGUGAGAGAUUUUAAAUGUUUGCAUAAAUCUUUAGUUUUGUUGCAUUUAUAAGAAAAUACAGAACUUAAUGCUUCCAAUGGAACAUUUUUAUCUAAUUAGAGGUUUAUGAAUAAUCUAUUUAAUGAAUGAAAAAUAAAUGUGAUUUAUUCAGACAGUAUCUUUUGAGGUAGUUGGAUUAAAAAAUAUAUCUCUUUCCAUGUCCAUAAGCUAAAUAAGUCAUUAGAAUUUUAAAUAAGUGUUACAUGUUUGCAAUAUUGAUUCUCCUUCUAUUUAUUUUUCCAUUUAUAUCAAGCUCAAAGCUAGUGGGAGUUUUGAAGUUAUUGGUGGCUUUCUUUUGGCACUUAAAAUAUUUUUCCAUAUUUUUGACAUUCUCUUGUUCCAAACCCUGAGACAAAAACCUGCAAUCAGUGGUUUACUUUAAAUGCUACUAUUCUUAAAAACAGGGCUAUUCAAAUAAUAUGAUGUUAAAUGUCGGACACAAAACGUAACCAAAUUUAACUACUCCAUACACUUGUAUAAGAAUUAUUUCUCUUUUAAAAUGUUUCUUAAUAUUUUACAGGCUGGCUUCCCAGCUGGUGUUGUUAAUGUUGUACCAGGUUACGGCCCAACUGCAGGGGCAGCAAUCACCAGCCACCCUGAUAUCAACAAGGUGGCUUUUACAGGAUCUACUGAGGUAUCUAGUGGACAUGCACUGGUAUUAAUUUGCCAGAAUAUCUUGCAGGAGGCACAAUAAUCAAAAUUUCAUUCAAGAGGGGAAAAUUUCAACUGUUUAUUGAAGAAAUAGUGUUUUUAAACAGUUGGAAAUGCUUCCUCCAUUUAAUAUCUUCUUAACAAAGAAGUAAUAAAGUUGAAUGGCCAUUAUAAUAAAUCAUAGUUUCAAAUACAGACACUUUUUUUUUGUUUUGUUAACCAAGAAUAACUAAUAUGAUUAUUGUCCUUAGUUUAUGUAUUUCUAUAUUUUUCCAGAUUGGCCAGAUCAUAUUGCAAGCAGCAGGUGCUUCCAACAUCAAAAGAACAACUCUUGAGCUUGGAGGAAAAAGCCCAUGUGUGGUCUUUGAUGAUGUGGAUGGUAAGUUCAGAUUCUUGAUUUGAAGAUUGAUUUAAAUUACUUUCUUUUAAAAUGUUAAAAUCAUAUUACUUGUGUGGAUCAUUCAAAUUUCCUUUUGUUUGAAUCUAACAAACAACUAUUUUUAAAACAGUUGAUUGGGCUGUAGCUGAAGCUCAAGAGGCUUGCAUGACUAAUAUGGGCCAGUGCUGUGUCGCAGGAACAAGGACCUAUGUUCAUGAAAAUAUUUAUGAUGAAUUUGUUUCAAAAACCAGAGAACUGGCCAAGACUAGAAAAAUUGGUGAUCCUUUCGACUCCAACACAGUAAAUGGACCACAGGUUUGUUUCUAAAAAAAAUGCAAUGUUAUAAAAUGCCCAGUAUAAAUUUAGUAUUAGUAUUAAAUUUUAAUAAAGAUAAUUGUUUGGAAUUUACUGUUAAUGAUUAUCUGUGAUUAAUUUUCAUCAUCAUUAUAAUAGAUUGACCAGGAGCAAUUAAAUAAAAUCUUGGAGUUGAUUGAGAGUGGAAAAAAAGAAGGAGCUAAAGUAGAACAUGGAGGUGAAAGACAUGGUGACCAAGGAUUUUUUAUCACACCCACUGUCUUCUCUAAUGUGACUGAUGAUAUGAGGAUUGCUAAAGAGGAGGUAAUUUUAAAAAUAUUUAUAUCUUAUUGACACCCUUAUAUAUGUUAUUACUGAGUUUCCAAAUAGUAGGUGUCUUGUUAGCAUUAAACAAAUCUGAAUCUGUUUUCAUCUAAAUAUUUAUAUUUAAAUUAAAAAAAAUCUAUUUGGUUGCUAAAUUUAUUCAAAUUACAUUUGUUAAAUCUUGUGCAAGUUGGAAAAAAGUAUUACUGGUUGUAAAGUUUUUUUGUUGAUAAUUCAUUGGAAAUUCUCAACUUUUGCAAAAAUGUUUAACCGCUUAACUACCAUGAGCCAGUGGGAGCGGCUCGGCGUUUCUUCCGUUAUAGCCAUGAGCCGCUGGUAGCGCCAAUGAUUGUAUCGUAUUAAAUGUGACCUAGAUUUAAUUCGGCACACAGCGGGUUUUUCAAUCUGGUAGUUAAUCAGUUAAUAUCUAUUGGAUUAAUUUUUAAACAUUAGUUUUCUCACUGUGUGAGUAAAAAUGUGGAAUUAAAAAAUGCUACACUAUGUCAAUAAGUUAAAUUUUGUGUUCACUUUAAAAAAAAAUUUAAAAAAAACAACAUAUUAAUCUCUAAAAUAUAACCAUAAUAUAUAUUUUGUUGUUUGCCUGUUAUAUCAAUUCAGUAAUGGAAUAUUAAAGUUUUCCUGGUUUAAGAGUUAAUCUUGAUUAUUUGUUUUAUUUGAUUGAAGGUAAUUUUUAAAAGAUUUAUUUAAAGACUAAAGUUUGAAAUUACUAUAUGUAAAUUCAGAUUUUUGGACCAGUGCAACAGAUUUUGAAAUUCAAAGACCUUGAUGAUGUUCUGAAACGAGCCAACAACACCACAUAUGGCCUGGGUGCUGCUGUAUUCACUAAUGACAUCAAUAAGGCCUUAACAUUUGCUCAUGGUGUGCAAGCUGGAACCGUUUGGUAAGUGCUUAUGUGCAAAGAUGUAUUCACCCAUGAGAUAUUUAUUUAAUGGUUUGCUGCAAGUAUUUUUUUUUUGUAAAGCAUGCUACAAUUAUUGGUUAUGUGAAGUUCUGUUUUGAAAAUGAGCCCUGUAUCUUACUUUGAUUUUCUCAUUUCUUUUGUCUCAUUAGGAUCAACAGUUACAACCAUGUCAGUCCACAAGCACCAUUUGGUGGCUUCAAGAAGUCUGGUUUGGGAAGGGAGCUGUAAGUAAACUUUUAUAAAUAUAAGUAUAUAAUAGAUUAUGAUAAAUUUAGACUUCUGUACAAAAGCUCAUCUUUACUCAUUUUUAUUGCCAGUACUAAGCAGAUAUUUUACCUUUGUUGUAAUAAAGCUAAUAGUAUUUAUUGGUUAUAUUAAAUUUAUUUGCAUUACCACCAGAAGUUUAAUGCUGUUGUCAUACCAACAUUGAAUCUGCACAAAUAUUUGACUAACUUUUCAAAUUUAAUUUUAUCCAAUGGAAAAUAUCUUAUAAAUUUAUAUGUUUUCAUCAACAGAGGUGAAUAUGGUCUGCAAAACUACAUUGAAGUAAAGAAUGUAAGUAUUGUGAUACACUCAGCCUUCCCUCCUCCCCUCUUAAUUCUUUUGGUUUUAAAUAUUCAUUGUGGGUGAGGAACUGUGAAGUUUUGCAACAUUUUAUAAUAAAACCUCUUCAAUUUUACUCAGACAAUUUCACAAUUCAAUUUGCUAUGAAGUAACCAUGAUUAAUUUUGCAAAGAUUCAUAAUUUUUGUAAAUGUGAGAAAAGUUUGGUAAAAUGAGUAUUUUUGGUGAAAUUAGUUAUUUUUUAAAUCUAAAAUAGCUAAGAAAUAUAGUACAAGUCUUAUUUUUUUGUAAAAUUGCAUUAUAAUAGUUCACAUUUUUUUGCAGGUGGUUGUGAAAAUCCCACAGAAAAACUCUUAAAAAAAAACAAAUAAGGUCUGAGAACAAGGUCAAGAAAUCAUAUUUUUUUCUUCAAAUUUUAAUUUGUAAUCACAUUUAUUUUUAAAAUGUUGAUUUUGUUGAUUCAUUAUGUAACUGCUAGUCAGUAUCAUUGACCUUUCUAUGUUGUUGCUUUGAAAAGUAUUGAUUUUGAAAUUGUUAUUAAAAGAAAAAAGUUAGAAAAAAUGAGUUAAUUUAUACUCCUUUACUUUAUCACAAUUGUCUGACUGAAUUUAUACAAAGUGAUAAUUAAAUCCAAUAUUUAAAAAAAACUUCAUUCUUUCCAUUGAGUGUUAAAAUAUAACAAUUUUCCAUGUUUGAAUGUGACUUGCAUGCAAUUUAUUAGAAUCUGAAAUAUUAUUUUUUUUUGCAUGGUUUAUGUAAAAAUGUUGAAAUUGAUAACAAAAAAAAAGAGACCAAAAUGAAAUCUGUAAUUGAUAUCUUUUAAAGCUGUGUGUACAUAAUAAUAUAAGAUUGCAAGAAGGGAAAAACAAAAUUAAUAUUGAACAAAAUGAGACUCAAAACUAAUUAACUACAGGUGAUGUUAUUUUUAAUUAUGCUAUUACAAUGAAUUUUAAUUUUAUUUAAUUUAUUGAGACGAUCAAUGACUGAUCAGUGACUCGGUAAUGAAAAUUUUAUUUCUAGAAAAGAAAAUCAUAGAACGAUAAAAAAAAUAUUCCAAUUUCAUUUUUAUUCCAAUAAAUAUGAAAUUAUCACAUUGCAAAAAUCAUAGCUUGUAUGAAACCAUUCCUUUAUCUCCAUUAAGUAUCUUUAUUUUUGUUGAUUUAUUUCUAUGCUUUGGAAGUUUAUAAAGUGUAUUUUAAAUCCUAGGAAUUUUGUAAAACAUUUUUUUUUUUUUUAACGAAAGGUCUGACAUGUGAGUUUUCCAUUUUGUGGCAGAUAGGCAACAGGUUAAUUUUAAUUUUGU